GCAGGAAUAUCAAGCAUGAACCGGGACAACCACACCCGGGUUACAGAAUUUCUCCUUCUGGGUCUUUCUGAUGACCCUCAGACUCAGCUGCUGCUUGCUAUAUUGUUUUUGGGCAUGUUCUUGGGUACUGUGCUUGGGAGCUUCCUUUUCAUCUACCUGGUUCUAAGUGACUCACAGCUCCAUACCCCCAUGUACUUUUUCCUUUGCAACUUAUCACUGGCUGACUUUGGUAUGUCUACCUCCAUUGUUCCCCAAGCCCUAAUCCAUAUGUUAACUAAGAAGAAUGUCAUUACCUUUAUGAGCUGUUCUGCUCAGCUUUUCUUCUCUCUCAGUUUUGGAGCUACACAGUGUUUAGUGUUAGCUGUGAUGUCCUAUGAUCGGUACUUAGCGGUCUGUGACCCCAUGCAUUACUCUCUCAUCAUGACAGGGAGGGUAUGUGGCCAAUUGGCAGUGGGGUGCUGGGUCUGUAGCAUUGUUGGAUCCUCAGUUGAUGUUAUAGUCACGUUAUGCCUCCCCUACCAAGGAGACAAUAGGAUUGAUCACUUCUUUUGUGAGGCACCGGUUCUCUUGACCUUGGCAUCUGGAGACACUCAUAAAGCAGAGUUGGCCAUUUUCUUCAUGGGUGUCAUGAUUCUCCUUACACCUGUUCCACUGAUUCUGGUCUCCUAUACAUUCAUCAUAGUGACAGUGGUCAGGAUAAAGACAAUAUCAGGGAGAGUCAAGGCAUUCUCCACCUGUGGCUCCCAUCUCCUUGUUGUUAUCCUUUUUUAUGGAACAGGAAUAAUCUCAUAUAUGACACUCAAGUCCUCUAAGAUGCAGAUGAAGCAGGUUGCUGUGUUUUAUAGUGUCAUAAACCCUAUGCUCAAUCCUAUUAUCUACAGCCUGAGGAAUAAGGAUGUGAUGAGGGCAUUCAGGAAUGCUGUCAAAAGGAGGUAA